AUGGAGAAGUCUGGUCCGAUGCUGGCUUCUAUUCCCAAUCGCACAGGGGCCAACCUCACAACCAGCCUAUGGGGACCAAACCCCACAGUUCCUGCAGAGGUGGGAGUGGUCACCAGCUCCCAGUCUCAGAUCAAGGAUCUGAUUGGGCUGUUUGCAAUGGUGACCCUUAACCUCAUCGCCCUAUUGGCCAACACUGGAGUAAUGGUGGCCAUAGCCCGUGCCCCUCACCUGAAGAGGUUUGCCUUUGUGUGCCACCUGUGUGCAGUGGACCUGCUGUGUGCCAUCCUCCUCAUGCCUCUGGGCAUCAUCUCUAACUCGCCCUUCUUUGGCACUGUGGUGUUCACCGUGCUGGAGUGCCAGGUCUACAUCUUCCUCAACGUGUUCCUCAUCUGUGCCUCCAUCCUCACCAUCACCGCCAUCAGUGUGGAGCGUUACUACUACAUCGUCCAUCCUAUGCGCUACGAGGUGAAGAUGAGCAUCAACCUGGCCAUUGGCGUCAUGCUCUUCAUCUGGGUAAAGUCCAUCCUGCUGGCCCUGGUCACCCUGUUUGGCUGGCCUGCCUACGGGGCCCACAGCUCCAUCGCUGCCAACCACUGCUCCCUCCACUGGAGCCACAGUCGGCUGAGGAAGGUGUUCGCUGUGCUCUUCAGCGUGAUGUGUUUCCUGCUACCCGCCGUGGUCAUCUUCGCAGUCUACUGUAACGUGUACAAGGUGGCACGCUCGGCCGCCCUGCAGCACACACCCGCACCUACCACAUGGGCCUCGUCCAACCCUGCCAAACGUCCCAACCGUUCUGACUCCAUCAACAGCCAGACAACCAUCAUCACAACCACCCGCAGCCUGCCCCAGAGACUAUCCCCCGAGAUGGCCUUCAGCGGGGGUAAGGCUGCCCUCACGCUGGUGAUCAUCGUGGGUCAGUUCCUGCUCUGCUGGCUGCCUUACUUCUCCUUCCACUUGCACCUGUCCUUCAGCUCAUCUCUGCAGAGCCCCGGAGAUGUGGAGGAGGCUGUUACCUGGCUGGCCUACUCCUCCUUUGCUGUCAACCCUUUCUUCUAUGGCCUGCUCAACAGGCAGAUCAGGGAGGAGCUGGUCAAGUUCCGACGCUGCUGCUCCUCCAGGCCGGUGGAGCUGGGUACCUCCAGCCACGAGGGCUCCCUGCAGGAGAACUUCCUCCAGUUCAUUCAGAGGACCACCAGCACGGCCGACACGCGCUCCAGCUGCGCCAACUCCAGCCCCAGGAACACUCUGGACCAGGGGGUCAGGAUCCCUGGACAGAUACCAGAGGAGCAUGGCUAA